AUGAAUAGAAAGAAGUUCCGCCCAAGUGAUGACACAAGACUCCUCAAGCUCGUAAAGAGAUUUGGCAAAGAUCCUAAUGGUUGGGCAAAGAUCUCCAAUAGAAUGAAUGGAUUUACAGUACGACAAUGCAAAGAGCGUUACACAAUCUAUCUUCAGUGCGAGAAUCGUAAUGAUCCAUGGACUGAAGAAGAAGAUCAGCACCUUUUAGAUUUAUAUAAACAAUUUGGACCGAAAUGGAAAUUAAUAACCUCAUUUUUCAAUGGUAGGAAUUCAAAUAAUGUUAAAAAUCGCUGGUAUCGAUAUAUUAAAAAGAGUCAUCUUGAAGAAAUCCAGCAGUUAUCCUCUCAGAGCUCAACAGAAUCGGAAGAAAAGAUUAACUCUGACCCUCCGCAACCAGAGAUCGAGGAUGUCAGACGUUUACUUUCUAUUGAAUAUCUUUUGAUUCAUUAG